AUGGAAAACCAGAUCUUUAAAAAGAUCCCAGCACUACAGAUCAUCAUUUAUCGCCAGUGCAAGCAUGCAGUCCAUCCAAAGGAGGUUAUGUCGCAUUUAAGAACUAAGCAUAUAAUAAAGCCCAAGGACAUUAACCCCAUUGCAUAUGCCAUCCACCAGUGGGAGGAUAUCAUCCAGGACCCCAGCGCGGUUGAUAUCCCCCAUGCAUUGGAUGACCCACUACCCAUUAUCAAUAUCUAUACCAAUGGAAUGAUGUGCCAGCGGGCCCCUAAGACAUACCAGUAUAUCACCACCCAUCUGAAUACCAUGCGGAAGCACUGGAAGCAGGCACAUAGGUGGACCCAGACCAAUCAUCAUGGUCGCGUGGUCAGGGCCAAGAAGGCCCAGGGGGAAGCUAAGCUACAGCAAUCAUUCCAGCUAGUUGCAUGGCAGCGGGUAUUCCCCAACCGCAUUAGAUCACAUUUAGUUCAUAUCCGAUCCCACGACCCCCAGCCUAAGGAGCAGCCCCAGACGGCACCCACCGCCCACAUCCAGGCCACCAUCGAUGCGGCCAUCCACGCCAGCCAGUUGACUGACGUGAACCCCUGGCUGCGGAUGACUCGGUGGGCUGACUAUCUGCAGGGCAUCCAGGCCCAUGACCUGCUAGCCUGCGUGGCAGCCCUGGAGGAAGAUGCUAUAGAUGCCACUGAGCAGCAGGUGCAGGUCAUCUGGGCCACCAUAGAGCAGGUUGCCCGCAAGAGCCAGCAGAUGGUCCAGCAUUGCGGCCAGGCCAUCCGGGUGGAAGCUAUCCGGUCCGAAAAGGGGCAGACCCCAUACCGGCCGCUGCUGGCAUACAUGGAUGAGGCAGCAAUCAAAAACCUGAAAUACGGGAUGACCACCCGGCAGCGCCAGAAAUGGCGGCAGCUGUGGCAGCUUGCUAGCCCAGCCCCAGGUAGCCCCGACCCCCAGGGCAGCUGGGGCAGCCAGGCCGCAGUUCCCAGGGACCUAGAGGACCAAGAGGGAUGGGCCAUGACCGCCAUUAAAAAAGCAUGCUUAGAAUUUUACAUUAAGCUGCUCAACCAGCGCCAUCGCAGCCAUGAAUAUAAGAGUGCACUGGUAUAUGCCAUGGCAGUGCUGGGUCAGGGUGAGGCUGGUUGGCAGGACCCCGAGAGCUACCCCCCAAUAUUAUCCCACGUGAUCAAGGUGGCCCGAUUCAUGGUGGUGCAGAAGGCAUUAUAG